CGGGACUUCUCGGGUGACGUCACCGAAGCCGCGCCCGGCGUCCAGAGCGAACUGAAACGCGGGAGGAUGGCGGUCGCCAGUGAGGCCUUGGGGCCCUUGGUGGCGGAGCUGUACGACGUGCAGGCUUUCAAGUUUGGAAGUUUCGUGCUGAAGAGCGGGCUCUCCUCCCCGGUCUACAUCGACCUGCGCGGCAUUGUGUCCCGACCGGGACUUCUUAGCCAGAUUGCAGACAUUUUAUUCCAAACUGCCCAGAAUGCGGGGAUCAGUUUCAACACUGUGUGUGGAGUGCCUUACACAGCUUUGCCUCUGGCUACGGUUAUCUGUUCAGCAAAUCACAUUCCAAUGCUCAUAAGGAGGAAAGAAACAAAGGAUUAUGGUACCAAGCGUCUUGUGGAAGGAGAGAUUAAUCCGGGAGAAACCUGUCUGAUCAUUGAGGAUGUCGUCACCAGUGGCUCCAGUGUUCUGGAAACUGUUGAGGUUCUUCGGAAGGAGGGCCUGAAGGUGACUGAUGCCAUAGUGCUGUUAGACCGAGAGCAGGGAGGCAAGGACAAGUUACAAGUUCAUGGGAUCCAGCUCCACUCAGUGUGCACAUUAUCCAAAAUGCUGGAGAUUCUUGAGCAGCAGAAAAAAAUUGAUGCCGAGAUGGUCGGGAGAGUGAAGAGAUUCAUUCAGGAGAAUGUUUUCACAACAGCCAAUCAUAAUGGUUUUCUCCCUUCUGAAAAGAAAGCACGAAAAGAACUCAGCUUUGGUGCACGGGCAGAGCUACCCAGGAUCCACCCAGUUGCCUCAAAACUUCUCAGGCUUAUGCAAAAGAAGGAGACCAAUCUGUGUCUGUCUGCUGACGUUUCAGAGGCCAGAGAGCUGUUGCAGCUGGCAGAUGCCUUGGGACCCAGCAUCUGCAUGCUCAAGACUCAUGUAGAUAUUUUGAAUGAUUUCACUCUGGAAGUUAUAAAGGAGUUGACAACGCUGGCAAAACGCCACGAGUUCUUAAUAUUUGAAGACAGGAAAUUUGCUGAUAUAGGAAACACAGUGAAAAAGCAGUAUGAAGGUGGUGUCUUUAAAAUUGCCUCCUGGGCAGAUCUGGUAAAUGCCCACGUGGUGCCAGGCUCGGGGGUUGUGAAAGGCCUACAGGAAGUGGGCCUGCCUUUGCAUCGGGGUUGUCUGCUCAUUGCAGAGAUGAGCUCUGCAGGCUCCUUGGCCACCGGAAACUACACUAAAGCAGCAGUUGAAAUGGCUGAGGAGUAUUCUGAAUUUGUGAUUGGCUUUAUUUCUGGCUCCCGAGUAAGUACAAAACCAGAAUUUCUUCACUUGACGCCAGGAGUUCAACUAGAAGCAGGAGCAGAUCAUCUUGGCCAGCAGUACAAUAGUCCUCAAGAAGUUAUUGGCACACGAGGUUCUGAUGUCGUCAUUGUGGGCCGGGGCAUACUUGCAGCAGCUAACCGCUUGGAGGCAGCUGAAAUGUACAGAAAGGCUGCUUGGGAAGCGUAUCUGAGUAGGCUUGCUAUUUGAUACCUCAACUACAUUGAUGAGAAGAUGCUGAAUGAAGAUAAGUGGUGUCUCAAAAGUCCUUGGCUUGAAAGCUUCAUUGCCCUCACUGCUGCUUGGACUCCUGCACAGGACCAGUGAGGGACAGGCUCCUUUUAAAGCUUGAUUUUAUUGACACUGGUAUUUGUUCAACAACCACAUUUGUGGUUGCCAGGACUAGACUGCUUAAUUCUUUUAAUUGCAGUGAGGCACAUUUUAGGAUACAAGAGGCUAAAGUCAGUGUGUGUAAGUUAUCCUUAUAACAUCUUAUGUUAGUUACUUAAGUGUGACGUUGCUUAAGGGAUCAGCAACAUCACACUUAAGUGGAGUAGGAGCUUUAGCUCUGGUUCAUUUUCUCCUUCCAGGCAACCAGUGUAGGAAGUCAGUCCCAGCUUCCUCUUGCCUCAUUUGGAUGACAGGCUGCUGCAUCUAAGAAAGCAGUGGUACCCGAUCCUGACUGCUGUUAAUAGCAGUCAUCUUUGCUAGUGUUGAAAGGGAGAAUUCCUUAGAAUAAGAAAUUGAGUAGCCAAGUGUAGAACUUAGCUGCUACAGUGUGAUUAGUCAAUCCCUACAACCAACCAGAACUGGGUACUGUGGUUAAACUAUGUUGGCAUGAUCCACUAGGCCUGGUGCAGGCCUCCAGGCCAAAUUCACAGCUUCCCACAUAUUUGAACCAUUUCCCCCUUUUGUCUACGUUCUCACCAACUGAGUCACCAUUAUCUUCAGUUCUUUAAGUUCUUAUUCCUGCUGGGAGAGAUCAUUUAGCAUUCAGCAGAAUAAAUAUUCAAGGCUUGAGAAUACUGUGGUGACUAUGAGGUGGAACAUGCUUCUUAAACAGGACCCUUAGGAGCAAGCAAAAUCAAAUGAUUAAAGAAUGAGCAAGGUCAAUCUAUUAAACAAAUAGCCUGCUAAUUUUCUUAUAACAAAUUCCUGCAAUACCCAAUCUACAUGUCUUAUCUAUAAAAGUAUUAGCAACUGCACCUUACACAGCAAAUAACCUAGCACCCUAUAAUAAAGUGAAAAUAAAGCAGUUAAAAAAA